CACCCACCCACCCACCCAGCCACCCGCUGCUGCCCCUCCGUCACUGACUGUCGGCUUCUGGACUUUUGCAAAGAAAGAGAUGAAUUCUACUUUCUUCAACCGGACUGUGGUGGAGGAAGGUUUUUACCCAGGCGAGGGACAUGGUCUAGGGACGGUGCUUGGAUGCUGUAAUCAGAGCGCGGUGACAACUGACGGCUCCCUCAACCUCAACCAAGAGGAGCAGAAACUCUUUAUAAUGAGAGUGGUGCAGAUCGCGGUUCUCUGCGUCCUCUCGUUGACUGUCAUCUUCGGCAUUUUCUUUCUGGGCUGCAAUUUAAUGAUCAAAUCGGAGAGCAUGAUCAACUUCUUGGUGAAAGACAGGAGACCCUCCAAGGAUGUAGAGGCUGUGAUAGUCGGCUUGUAUUAGGAGGAGUCCGCUUCGCCUAUUUUUUUUAAUCAUCAGUGAGCUCUACUGAUUGUACAUUGACCGCUGAGUAUCUCCCCCCUCUCCCCCCCCCCCUCCCCUCUAUGUCUGGGAGACCCCGGGGCGGUGAGGUGGUGAUGUGGAAACACGGACCGGCAGGUUCAAACAAAGAGGGAAGCGGAUAGAGUAAAAUGGAUGCACGUGGUUUAAAAAAAAAAAUCACAUUUUCUUAAAUAGAGUUCGCGGAGAGCUGUUGGGGUUUACAGAUGGGUGUGUUGUACCCUCGCCACGCACGGGGGCAUUAUGUUGCAUGCGGAACAUGGAGAAUAAUUAUACAUUGCAUGAAAAUAUCAUAGAGGUUGGAAUGCUAGUAGGGAGGUGGGGCGAGAGGGGAAGAAAGACCGGGGGGGUCUUGAAGCGAAUAUUGCAUGUAAAGGUAUCUACCAAUCGUUCUUACAAUGUAACGUGUACAUGAAGAUGACUCCGAACUGCGUACAAAGAAAAAAAAAUCAAAACGUUUUGUAAUAUAUUUUCUUGAGAACUGAUUUUUAAACGCAUGCUUUUGUUUCGCGACUCAUUGCCUGUUUCACCCCCCCUCCCACCCCAGUCUGAUGAUCAUUGUCUAGGCUGACUUAUGUUGGAAUGACAAUGUCGUGGCAUGGUUUAUAUAGUUUCCCCAAAGAUCUCGUGGCUUCCACUCGGUUUACGCUCUUGGACUUUUAAAGGUUAUUGUUUUUAACACUGUAAUGCAAAGUGUGAUUGAUAAAAAUAUUCCAACACACAA